UUUUUUCACUUUGGCCAAAACCGUUUUAGCAUCAUUCAUUUCAUACACAUACAAUAAAAGGAGCACAUAGAAAGAACCAAAUAAUGGCUCCCAAAACUCUCACGGCUCUUGUUGAAGAAAAAACACUUCACGGCAGCUUCGUCCGAGACGAAGAUGAGCGUCCAAAAGUGGCCUACAACGAAUUCAGCACCGAGAUUCCGGUCAUUUCCCUAGCCGGGAUCGACGAGGUCGAAGGCCGCCGUGCUGAGAUUUGCAAGAAGAUAGUGGAGGCCUGUGAGGACUGGGGUAUCUUCCAGGUUGUUGAUCAUGGCGUUGAUGCCGCACUCAUCUCUAAUAUGUCUCGUCUUGCUCGCGAGUUCUUCGCCUUGCCUCCCGAGGAGAAGCUCCGAUUCGACAUGUCCGGUGGCAAAAAAGGCGGUUUCAUUGUCUCCAGCCACUUACAGGGUGAAGCGGUUAACGACUGGCGUGAGAUAGUGACAUACUUCUCCUACCCGCUCCGCCACAGGGACUACUCGCGGUGGCCCGACAAGCCGGAGGGCUGGAUCGCGGUGACGGAGGAGUACAGCGAGAAGCUUAUGGGCCUGGCUUGCAAGCUGUUGGAGGUAUUGUCAGAAGCCAUGGGAUUAGAUAAGGAGGCUCUAACCAAGGCUUGUGUGGACAUGGACCAAAAAGUGGUGAUCAAUUACUAUCCCAAAUGUCCCCAACCGGAUCUCACUCUUGGCCUGAAGCGCCACACAGAUCCAGGAACAAUCACACUUCUUCUCCAGGACCAGGUUGGUGGUCUCCAGUCCACUAGAGAUGGAGGAAACACUUGGAUCACCGUUCAACCUGUUGAAGCUGCCUUUGUGGUCAACCUUGGUGAUCAUGGUCACUAUCUGAGCAAUGGAAGGUUCAGGAAUGCUGAUCACCAAGCAGUGGUGAACUCAAACUAUAGCAGGUUGUCAAUAGCCACAUUCCAAAACCCAGCCCCAGAGGCCACGGUUUAUCCACUGAAGAUCAGAGAAGGAGAGAAAUCUAUUCUUGAAGAGCCCAUCACUUUUGCUGAAAUGUAUAGGAGGAAAAUGAGCAAGGAUAUUGAGCUUGCCAGGCUCAAAAAGCUUGCCAAGGAGAAGCAAUUGCAAGACUUGGAGAAUGCCAAACGUCAUGAUGAAUCCAAGCCUAUUGAGCGGAUUCUUGCUUAAAAAUCAACCCGUCUAAUAAUUCAAUCACCGCCGUUGGUUUUACCAACCCACUUUGCAUCACCGCCCACCGUUAUUAGUUUAUGCAAUAAAUUAUCUAUGUUUGUUUUUUGGUCUAUCAUCUCUCUCUCUCUCUCUCUCUGUCACAUGGAAUUUAUUUUCUUACUUAAAAACGAGUGAUCUUUAUUAGUUUACAAAUAUACAUUAUUAUAUAUAUUCUCUUUGUGA